UGAGCUGUGAGAUUUCCUUCACCACUGUGCCAAAUUUUUAUUCCCAGAGAUUAUAAAAGUCUCUCAUCUGACCUGCUGCUACUGCUUGCCUGUGAUACACUAGACCAGAGUGAAUCCAUUCAAAGCCAUGGCCAUGCUCAGAGUGUCUUCAUACAGAAAGCUGUUUGAAGAGGGCUGGGGGCGAAAUGGAGGGGUCAGCCUGCAGUGUGCGGGACAGUACCGCGCCAGAAAUGCUGCCAUUGGCAAGUGCGAUUGUGACAAGUUGGACUUUGUGGCCUCCAGAACACUAAACAAAGAGGGUCUGAACAGAUUUGUCCAUGAUCGCGUAAUCAUUGCUGCACUGAAUGAUCGCUUAGUCAAACUUAUUGAACUGGCCCAUUGUUUUGAGGAGGAAAAUGAAUCUCUUGAAUGUCAGAUUGUGGAUCUGGAGGACAGACUGGGCAGGACAGAGGGGUCCAUUAGCUCCACUGUGGCUGUACCGGAGUCUGGCCUGGAUGCAGUGGUGCAGAGACUGCGCGCAGAGCGGGAUGAGAUUUUGUGUGACAGCGAGACACUGCGGAAAGAGCUGGAGCGUCUAAAGGAGGACUGUGAAAAGACAUCACAGCAGCGGACACUAGUCCAACAGGAGCGCCAGUAUGUCUCCGAGGACGUGGAUGCUGUGACUGCUGAAUGUCUGGCGUUGAGGGAGCAAGUGGCUAUCUACGAAGAGCAGCUGGUCAACAUGGAGGGCCAACAUGAGACGGCAGUGGUGAGUCUGCUGGAGCCUGCAGAAGAGACCACAGGAGCAGUGGCAGCCAUUAAAUUUGGCAUCCCUGACAUCACCUCGGCCUUGGAUGUGAAGGAGUACUACUGCCAGCUGGCAGAGAGCCUGCAGUAUGAAUGUGGAGUUUCUUCCUCUGCCCUCGUCCGCAGUGAUGAUGGAAAGCUACUGGAAGCUGGAGAAGCUGUGGGGUCAAAGGUCAAAAGCCCGCCUCAGAUAAAGGAUAUCGGUGAAAUGAAGGCGCUGGUCUCAGAGAUGCAAAAGAAGCUUGAAGAACUGGAGAAGUACAAUGAGGAACUGGAGGAGCAGUUUGACAUAAACAAGACCUCGUACGCCGAGGAGAUUGCCGAGCUGGAGUGCACUAUAGAUGAGAUGAAGCACCAGGAGGCAGACCUGCAGUUUCAGAUGAAGGAGCAGUGUGAGGACUACAGGGAGUUGCUGAGGGAGAAGAUGGCCCGAGACAUGGAGAUUUGUGCCUACAGGAGUCUGGUGGAGGAAGAGGAGCAGAGAUUGUGUAUCCUGUGAGCUGUGCUGAGGAGCAGUGCUGAGGAGCAGUGCAAGCUUUGUAGACUGAGACUUCAAUACCACAUCCCACAAAACAUCAAGAAAAAAGUAACAUAAAAACACACCUUCAUAAACAUUAGGGUAACAGUGCAGUUAAUAAAGUAACAGUUUAAGGUAAAAGCAUGACAGAUUAGCAUGUCUGGUAACCUAAGACGGGUCAUUGAUCACAGGGCCACAGCAGAUGACCCCUAAUCUCUGGGGGAGAUGUAUCUGUCUAGGUCUGUUAUAGUGUGGUGCCGUGACUGUGUGUCCAUCAAACUCCUGCUAGUGAUAUGUUCUUCAAGUGCCUUUAUCUACAUAGGCCCACUGAUAUGGCUCAUAAUAAGUUUUGUCCAGUUUUUUUUCAAGGGGUCACACACUGCGACAUACUGAGCAGAUAAGAAUUAAGGCAAAGCUCUGUGGCUCCAAGCGUCACCGUGGCUACAACAGGGCCUGAUCCAUCAGUCAAACAGGGCCUGAUUACUACUCUUAACCCUUGCCCUCUCCAGUGUUAACCAACAUACUAACAGCUCUCUCUUUGCCCUAACAGCAGUUUGUUUUACAAAUACAGUCAUAAAUUCAAGUUGCCUCCAAGUGUUUGUUUUGUAAAUGGUUCAUAGAGCUCAUUUUCCUGAAUGUACACCUGGAAUUUUCUGUUGUGCUCCGCCUUUCUUUCUCCAGAAGUUUUGGUCAUUAUAAGAGCACUUGAUUCUAUAUUAUAUUGAAAUGUUUUGCUUAUUUGCGAUUUAAGGACAUGUCUUAUUUGGCUCAAGUUAGUCUGUGGUA